AUGGAGGCAGUAUCCAUCCUCUCCGCCAUGAAGGGCGAUAAACUGAAGGAUUCGCCGCAGUGGCGCACGUGGUUUGCCCGCGUAAAACUGUAUGCGAAACAGAAGCGAGUCUGGGACUUAUGUGACCCAGAUAUCGAGAAAGAAGACCGUCCGAGAGGUUUGAGAGAACCGUACGAGCCGGAGUACCCUGAAGAUGGGGAUACAGAGGAAAGAAAGGAGUGGCGAGACCGUAUGGACGUCUAUAAAGUCGCAUAUGCAAAGUGGGAGAAACAGAUCAAGGGACUGGAUGACGUGAAUGAAUAUAUUAUCUCCUUCCUUGAUCCUAUCCACCAUCUUGCAUUGAUCGAUUAUGAGACGCCGUACGACCGCCUGGUGUACCUAAAGUCUCGCUUUGCCCGCUCCAGCGCGUAUGAGGAGGAAAUUCGCAUGAAGUGGAGGUUAUUCGCCGUACAGAAGCCAAAGGGGAAUAUCGAUCAGUGGUUAUCGAUAUGGGACACCCUAAGAGAGCAAGCUGUUAGCCUUCAUCUUGAAGAAGUCAAAAGUGCGAAUAGGGACUUCUUGCAAGCAGUGAAAGAGGUGUUACCUAUCUGGUGGCAGGCUAGAUAUCAAGAGAUUGUUAUGGAUAGAAAGCCGUACGACACCAGAGACCUGAUUGAAUCAUUCCGCGCAAUGUAUCGAGAGAUCGGUCCCAAGCAGUCGUCAUCAUCAGAACUGAAGGGAUCAUUCUCUACCUGGCAGGAUCAUGAGGAAGAAACAGAAGAGACGCCAAAGCCGACCCCUCUUCCUUUUGAUAAACGACCAUGCCCAUGCGGACGCACGAACCAUCGGCAUCGGGUUGCAACGUGCUAUGCCCUGAAUGAGGCCGCCCGACCUUCCUGGUUCAAGCCAAACGAUGAGACGCUUCAGAAGAUCAAGAAGAACUUUGCAGCGGAUCCUGCAUGGAAGAAAUGGGUCGAGAAGGUAGUCAAAGACGCGAAUGAGGUCAAACAGAAGCCUCAAGACUCCGCGCAUGCAGUGCACGAACGGACAAAUAGUGCCCGUACAGACAUCCCGAAAGAAGAUCCGGUUGAUAUGUGUUUCCUGACGCAGUCGCCACAAAUCAGUGCCGAAGUUUUCUCAGCAAGCCAUAAGGCUAGAUCAACCAUCCAAGACCGUUGGAUACUGGACACUGGAGCUUCAAGGCACAUCUGCAACGAUAAGAGUCGGUUCAUCAGCCUUGAACCGUACGAAACAACUCUCGCAACCGGAGAUAGCAGCACAGAAGUCAUCGCACGUGGUACGGUCAAACUCAUUGGAAGAAACCCCGAAACAGGCAAGAAGAGAGUAAUAUCCCUAAGUGAUGCACUCUAUUCACCGGGCUUCCACACCAACUUGGUCUCAUACGCUGCAUUGUUGAAGAAAGGCGGUAGAUGGUGCCAGAAAUCCAACUGCAUUGUCGACACCGACAACCGACCUAUAGUGAGCGUGCACCUAUGGGAUAGUAUGAAUCUCUGGCUAUUCGACGAACCAGAGGAAGUCGUAUAUCCCCAUGCACACGCUGUGCGAUCAUCAGAGAAGCCACUCGAAGCGAGGGCUUCAGCAAACCUCUGGCAUCGUCGUUUCGCGCAUAUAAAUCACAAGACAGUGCACAAACUAGCUUCGAUGGUCGAUGGAGUGACUAUUGAGGACGGGAACGAAGAAGAAGCACUAUGCGAGACAUGUCAACUAGGCAAUGCACCCCGACAGGUGUCAAGAAGGCCAGUUGGACGCACCUUUGGGCGCUUUGGAAGAGUGCAUUUCGAUUUAAUCCAGCUACCAGUGGCGUACAAUGGUCAUCGAUGGAUAUCGCACUUUGUUAUUGAAGGUAUCAGGUUUCACUGGAUAUCUACCCACGAGCUGAAGAGUCAAUGUCAGCUCGCGAUUAACCAGUUUGUCCAGCUUGCAAAGAAUUGGUGGGAUUUGCCGAUCAAAGCAUUCCACUAUGACAAUGAGAAAGCUGCAGGACGGUCCGCAGAAUGGAGUCUUACCUCCGAUGGAAUCGUCGUAUAUCAUAGCCCACCGGCACACCCAGAGAUGAACGGGUACGCCGAGAGAGCAGGAGGUGUGAUCAUCCUUAGAAUGAGGAUGCUGAUGCUUGAAGGAAAGCUUCCAAAAGACCUCUGGCCCGAAGCUGCACAAGCAGCAGUGUGGCUCCUGAAUAGAACACCAACGUAUAUCUCCACCGAGAAUCGUUGGGUUGUGCCAUGGGAAGAGGUUCGAAAGGACUUCGCUGGCGAUCGAAUGCCGAAGAUCAACCUAUCGAAUGUUAGACUGUACGGAAGCCUCGCAUAUUGCCGUAUCCAGAAACAAAUCCAAUCGGACAAGAUGAAUCCACGCGCAGAAGUCGGCUUCCUGGUUGGAUAUAUGGCCUCAAAUGUGUGGAAGAUCUGGUUUCCACAGUCCGGCAAAGUGCGGUUUAUUCGCGAUGCGGUAUUCGAUGAAUCCCGAAAGUAUUCACCCGAGUUCGCGCAUUAUCAGCCUAUCCCACUGCCACUUAUCAAGGAACCGCAGGAACUGGAUAGAACAGAAGUCCAGAAGGCGAUGCAGACAUCGAUCACUACCGGGAUAAUGCCUGAGGAAACUGGUCAGGGGGUGGAGGAGACGGAAGACCAUAAUCGUCUUUUCAGCCGAAAAACCGUCUCUUCCCUAGCGCAAAGAGAGGUGCCUGGCGCUUUCCCUGAUGAAAUUCUCCCCCCAUUACCACCGACACCACCGGACGAAGAGGCUCCGGACCCUGGUCAGGGGGUGGAAACCGACCCAGAACCAGUCGUGCGAGACCAGGCCCCAGAAGCCAUCGAGUGCAUCGAACAAACCGACACAGAUCAUCACCAGAGAGAGGUAAGUGUGGAGGACGAGCUUGAACAACAAUUGCAGACAGAACUGGCAAGGGAAAGAGCGCCACGGGACAUCAACGGCGACGUGAAUGCAGACAACAUUGUGAGCGGCCGAAGGACGCGUCGAGCACGACAGGACAAUGAUUAUGCAGCAUAUACAACAAGGAUUGAUGAAGAAGAAGAACCACCGGCCUUCCUUCAUGCUUUUGCGGCAGGGUUAUACGCAGAGAAACCAGAUAGCCGUCGUCAUCGCGAUGACCUUCCAGAACCACCGAAGCACUGGAAGGAUGUCAUAAACCAUCCCUUCCAGGAAGGUUUCCUCGCAGCAAUGAGGAAAGAACUCGACUCUCUGGCACAGAAAGAGACGUACGAUGUGGUGGAAAGACCAAAAGAUAGAGGCAAGCAAAUCCUUCCCCUGCUUUGGGUAUUCGCCUAUAAAUUUGAUCAGGACGGUUACCUCUUGAAGCUAAAAGCACGUAUCUGUGUACGUGGCGACCUAGAAACGAUCUCAUCCGAAGAGAAGCGAGCUGCAACGCUUGCAGCACGUACGGCACGUAUGAUCUUUGCCUUGGUCGCAGCAUUUGACCUUGAUCUACGACAGCGGGACGCGGUGACGGCAUUCCUGAACAGCAAACUAAACAAGGAGACAUACACGAGGAUGCCAGAAGGUUUUGAAUCCCCAGGGAAGUGCUGGAAGCUCCACCGAGCUUUGUACGGGUUGCGUAUAUCGCCGCGCCUGUGGCAGCAGGAAGCAGCGGGCGUCCUGCAGAAGCUCGGGUUGCGACAAGUCCCUGAGGAUCCAUGUGUCUUCGUAGGCGAAGGAAUCCUUGUAUUCUUCUAUGUCGAUGAUAUAUUAAUUGCUAGUCACCGGUCAGCAAGAGAACGAGCGCAGAAGCUCGAACGGGAUCUCGAAGACCACUGGGAGCUCACUGAUCAUGGCGAUGCAGGCUGGUUUCUGAAUAUUCGGAUCAUCAGAGACCGGAAGCAAAGGAAGCUCUGGCUAUGCCAGGAUAGCUACAUUACCAGUGUAGCUAUGCGGUAUAACCUCACUGAACGUGCACCAGUGUUCACCCCGCUUCCAGUUGAGGAGCUGAAGCCAUACGAGGGCAUUGCAACACCCAGAGAGAUCCAUCUUUAUCAACAGAAGGUUGGAUCUGGUGGAUAUGCAACCACGAUCACUCGUCCGGACGCUGCAAAGGCAAUGGCAAAGUUGGCGCAGUUCCUUACCAACCCCGGCCCUCAACAUCAUCAUGCUGCAGACAGAGCGCUAUCAUACCUCUACACCACGCGAUACCUCGCCAUCGAGUAUUGCCAGAAUAGCGGACUUGAAUCUGUGCGGCUUGCAAGUGAUGCAUCGUACGGUGACCAUGAAGACCGGAAGAGUUCAGCAGGAUAUAUAUGUCAGGUGUACGGUGGCCCCGUGGAUUGGAAGGCUACCAAGCAACGUACAGUGACUACUUCCACCACUGAAGCUGAACUAUUGGGUUUGUCUGAUGCAGGUAAGCACCUCCAAUGGUGGAGGAGACUACUUGGGCAUGUGGGCUUCAUACCCUCCCAUAUCAUCACCAUUCAGUGCGACAAUGAGCGAGCAAUUGGUCUGCUCCAAGGAGACGACGUGGUGUUUGACACCAAGCUCCGACAUGUGGAUAUACACCACCACUGGCUACGCCAAGAGGUCAGGGCAGGUCGAAUCGCCAUUAGAUGGACACCUACCGCAAGUAUGGUGGCCGAUGGACUCACCAAGGUGCUCCCGCGACAAAAACAUGACAAUUUCGUCAGGUUGCUGAAUAUGGUGGAUAUAAGUCACCUGAUUGACUAG